UCCUUUUUAUUGCUUCAUGUUCACACACCAUUUCUCAAGUAAUGAGACUUAGAAAGAAGAAUACGGAUAUGUACCCAUCUGAUGAAAACUAUUCUCCAGAUCCUCCAAAUGUACCGCCACUAAGUGAAGUGGUUCAAAAGUUGGGAGGUGGGUUUCCUGAAAAACUCAAAAGAUCUAGAUAUCUUAGAACAAGGAGAAGUGUGAGAUCAGAGAUAAGAAAAUACAAGAUAGGAGAAUGUGGGGGAUCAAGAGAAGUGCCACUUGGUGAAUUGUUUGAGAAAAAACUAGUGAAUGGUAAAAGUGAGCGUUUGGGAAACAAGCGAGCUCGUAAGGAUGAUGAUAAGAACUAUAUGGGUUGUUAUGAUAACGUUACCAAUGCUGAGAAGAUCAGAUGUAGAGAGAAAAGUGGAGGAGAUGCUUUUGAAUCACUUGGAAAAAGAAAAAGAAAAAGCAGACUUGAUGUGGAUAAAAAUGAUUCAUGGGUUCCUCAAAAGCUUGCUUCUGAAGAUGAAACUGUUGUAGCACCACUAGUAACCAAGCAAAAGAGUGAAGAAACAGAAACCAGAAGCAAAGAAGCUAAUGAGAACAACUCCUCACAUCCUACUCUUGUGGAAACUGUUGUGUCACCACCAGAGACAAGGAAAAACUGUGAUGAUGAGGUUGAUUUAAUUGGAAUCAAUUCUGAGAAGAAGAAGAGGAGUCUGGUUGGUGAUGGAACCAAGGAACCAAAGUGUUUACUCCAUGAAGAUGGUGAUGAAAGUUUGAAGCAGAUAAACCUUGCAACGGAGGAGAUAGCAUUGACUCUAGAGGCACGUAUGAUGAAGGUGGAGGAGACUUUGGCAAAGAUUAGAGAAUGGAAAACCAUAGAAAGAAACCAGACCAAAAAUGGAGUGUCUGUUUAG